AUGUCUAACUUCUUUGGUGUUCUUGUGUCCGAUCCAUGGCUCCAGAGUCAGUUCACACAAGUGCAGCUCCGAACGCUGAAAACAAAAUUUCUGUCCGUGAAGAAAUCGGAUGCCGAUAAUGUAGCUAUUAAAGACUUGCCGCCGGUGAUGGAGCAGCUUAGGGGCCUUCAUGAGGUUCUAUCCGAGGAAGAGAUCAGGAAUUUUUUGAGCGAGUCUUACCCAGACAUGAACCAAUCAAUAGAGUUUGAGCCGUUUCUUAGGGAGUACUUAAAUCUCCAAGCAAAGGGGACCAGCAAAGCUGGAGGCAAAAAGAAAUUGAAGGGAUCUGUGUCAUUUUUGAAGGCUUCUACUACUACUCUGAUGCACGUCAUUAAUGAGUCUGAAAAAACUUCUUAUGUGAAUCAUAUCAAUAAUUUUCUGGGAGAGGAUUCUUUCCUGAAAAACUUCUUGCCAUUGGACCCUGAAUCAAAUGAUAUAUUCAAUCUUGUUCGGGAUGGUGUACUACUUUGCAAGUUGAUCAAUGUUGCUGUUCCGGGCACUAUAGAUGAGAGAGCAAUCAAUACUAAGAAGGAUCCUAAUCCAUGGGAGAGGAAUGAGAACCACAACCUUUGUCUCAACUCUGCAAGGGCCAUUGGCUGCACUAUUGUUAACAUUGGGACACAAGAUUUGAUUGAAGCUAGACCUCAUCUUGUUCUUGGUUUGCUAUCGCAAAUCAUAAAGAUACAACUCUUAGCUGAUUUGAAUUUGAAGAAAACGCCACAGCUGUUGGAGUUGUUCGCUGAUGAUAAUAGCAAGGAAGCAGAGGAGGUUGUUACCUUAGCACCAGAUAAGAUGUUGCUCAAAUGGAUGAACUUUCAUAUCAAGAAAGCAGGGUACAAAAAAACUGUUACAAAUUUCUCUACUGAUGUUAAGGAUGGUGAAGCGUAUGCUUACCUUCUCAGCGCCCUUGCCCCUGAGCUUAGCUCGACGACUAUGAUAGAAACUACAGAUCCUAAAGAAAGGGCAAAGAAAGUACUUGAAACUGCUGAAAAGCUUGAGUGUACAAGAUAUGUAACAUCUAAAGAUAUUGUUGAGGGUUCAGCAAAUCUCAACUUGGCAUUCGUUGCACAAAUAUUCCAGCAGAGAAAUGGUCUAUCAACGAACACUGUGGCUCCUGUCCAAGAUACUCCUGACGAUGUGGAAGCAUCUAGGGAAGAGAGAGCAUUUCGCUUGUGGAUCAACAGUCUUGGAAUUGCAACUUAUGUCAAUAAUUUGUUUGAGGAUGUUAGGACUGGAUGGGUCCUGUUGGAGGUGCUUGACAAAAUUUCUCCAGGAUCAGUUAACUGGAAGCAAGCGUCAAAACCUCCAAUCAUCAUGCCAUUUAGGAAGGUGGAAAACUGCAACCAGGUUAUAAAAAUCGGGAAGGAGUUAAAAUUUUCUCUUGUAAAUGUAGCAGGAAAUGAUAUUGUUCAGGCAAACAAGAAACUAAUUCUAGCUUUCCUGUGGCAACUCAUGAGGACCAGCAUCCUGCAACUGCUAAAGAACUUGAGAUUCCACUCUAAAGACAAAGAAAUUACAGAUUCUGACAUUCUUAUAUGGGCGAAUGAUAAGGUCAAGGAAUCAGGCAAAACAUCCCAUAUUGAAAGCUUCAAGGAUAAAAGCAUAUCCGAUGGUGUGUUCUUCCUUGAGCUUCUAAGCGCUGUUAAGCGUACGGUUGUUGAUUGGAGUCUGGUCAAGAAGGGGGAGGAUGAUGACGAGAAGAAGUUGAACGCAACAUACAUCAUAAGUGUCGCCAGGAAGCUCGGGUGUACCGUAUUCUUGUUGCCAGAGGACAUAAUGGAGGUAAAUCAUAAGAUGAUUCUUACUCUUACUGCAAGCAUCAUGUACUGGAGCCUGCAGAAGCAAGGGCCUUACGAAGGUGCUGGGUCAGCAGCACCACAAGAAGUUCUUCCAGAGGAAGAAGAAGAGGUGGAAGAGGAGGAGGAAGACGAAGAAGAGGAGGUUGAAGAUGGUGUAAGUUUUGCUCGUCCUCGAGCUGGUUGUCUGGGUAAUGCUGCUGGAACUCCUCGCGUGGUUACCAAGUUGCCUCCUCCUCGGAAAGGCCCUCCCACUGCACCAACAAGUGCCAAACAUCACGACGAAGCUGAGCGCGGAGCACCUUGGCCGGGCUGGGCAGCAGACGACCCUCGGCCGUCGGCGGAAGUGGUGGAGUGGCCACCGGCGGAACACCGCGAUAGGGGCUUCAGCUCCCACGUGGAAGACGGCGUGAAUGCGGGCCCCCUCAGGCAACUGAAGUCUGUACGCCAUGGUCCCAAUCCGCUCGACGAUGACGAAGGGCCCCGCAUAGCGCGGACCAAGUUUGCUCUUGGCACGCGGGUCGAGGGACUGGUGAGAGCGGUGCAACAGGCGAAGCCACACCCAGUCACCCACCGCAUACUCAACCUCGCGGUGACGCCCGUCAUAGUAGUGCUUGGCGACCUGCUGAGCUUGGACAAGACGCUGCCGCACCUCGGCCAGCAUCUCGUCGCGGGCGCGGAUGAGCUCGCCAGCUGCCUCCGUCCGCGCCGUCGCUGGAUCCACCGGUAG